AUGCAGCAUCUCCAUAAGAUUGCCAACAUGGCCAAUCGCAAUGGCGACAAAGCUGUUUCCUCGAUGGCAGCCGUAAUCGAGGCCUUGGCCCACUUGCAACAGGGGACCAGUUUCGACUCCAUCGAGCAGGCGCAACGUGCCGUGGCGAUAGCACGAAGCCACCAACUCAACGACGAGCUGCGCCAUAUCCCACAGUUGACGACCCUGGUUCAAAUGGUCGACAUUUGCUGCAGCCUUCUCGAAUAUGAUAUCAACCAAUCUUCCCAUAAGCUGAAAAUCCUGCAAGACAUGAUGGAUGAGAGGUUAAACGACCCAAACUGGCGGGCUGACGGAUCAUUUUCCAUUCCCCUGAACGGCAAAUCGGCGGGCCCCUCUUCCAUCGACACGGGCGAUAUCCUUCAAGUUCAAAGUGGCACGCUACUUUUGAGCUUCAACUGGCUACCACAGCAUGACCUCUACGGGCUUUGCUACUUCCUCAGUUCCGUGACUCUGAGCUGCAAGAACUCACACGAUGGCCGCAAGGCAGAAAAGUUCCUUCAUGAAGGAAUACGCAUGAUUCAAGGGAGCUUCAAAUCGCCACAAAAUAUCACCGAGUCGAUGGUCAACGCCAAUAGACGUGUUGAAUGGCGCCGAACUUUGUAUUGCAAUCUGCUUCUCCAGCAGGUAUUCCUUGCGUGCAGUCGUACGGACUGGGAACUAGCGAGCAAGGCGCUGAACGAGCUACGACAGGAAGCACACAAGCUGGGCGAAGGUCUUCCCAAUACAAUUCAAUGCUUGAUAGAGUACGCGGGCGGCACGAUCGCCCAGGCUACUGGGGAUCUGCAGACCGCUCUUGGGGCUUUCCAGUCACCAUCCCUCUCGCUGGCAUCGUUCCAAAGCAAGGCCGCACGCAACGACCCCUGUCGCGACAUUGCCAUCCUCGCCUCUCUCAACACCGUCCUUAUCAUCCGCGAGCCAACCCACCCCGCUCAUUACCAACUCCCAACCAUUCUGUCCACCGUGGAGUCAUUCUGCAAGGGCAGCCCUAACAAGUACAUCCAAGCCGCUUACUAUCUCGUCUGCGCCACCGUCCAGACCGACUCCACCAUUCAAACGAAACAAUUCCUGCAACAGGCCCUGCAAUCCGCCACGGCUAUCAGCAACAGCCAGAUCACCUGCAUGACCCUCACUUUCAUGAGCUGGAAGUACUUCCGCGGCGUGGUUGGCGAGCAGGCCGAGAAGAGCGCCCGCGCUGGUCGCGCAAUGGCGAAGAAAGCCAACGACCGACUCUGGGUCAGCGUCACGGACGAAAUGCUAGCUGAGACCCUCGAGCGACAAGGCAAGAAUGAGGAAGCAAUGGGUGUCCGUGAAGAAGGCCAUCGCGUGAUGAUGGGAUUGCCGCCAGCCUUGAAAAGAUCCACUUGA